CUUGGGUGAAAUGAGUUUGAUGGGUCUCAACACAUGGUUUGGCUGAUCACAUCCACAGCACAAAAAUCAGCUGUGCAGCGUGGAGAAGAUGCAGCUCACACCAGGGAGAAAGCAUAUAGCUCAAUGCCUGAAAGAGAUCUGGGGUGGCUGCAUGGCAGCUUUGCUAGUUUUAUCACAGGCACAGAGAAGGGAAGGCAGUGAGAUGUGGGGCUGGCUGGUGGUGUCCUGGAUAGAAGAUGACCUUCCCUACGGACCCCAUAGGGCAUGGAGAUUUGACCAUGAGCUGGUGCAGAGGAUGCUCCUAGGGCUCCAGGACAGGGUGGCGAGGGCAGUCCCGUUGGCCUGGGGCUGGUUGGAGUGGCUGAGGUGUGACACCGACAUGUCCCCUGUGGCCAGGAGGGAUGGGCUGGGUGCCCUUGACUUGGGAUAACACCUCACUGAGCAACCACUGACUUUCCCAAACCCAAGGUACUCUUGCAUGGACUUCACAGAACACCCUUAAAGCAAAAAUUAAGGGUGAGAGGGAAGGUUUAGCCGGAGACCUUUCUUCCAGGGCAGAGAUGGCAUAUUGCACACAGGAGGUGGGAAGAAAGGGCAGGUCUCCAUGAUGAGGGAGGAGCAGAUGGAGUCCUAAACUGGCCCUGAUCCCCUUAAGUUUCUGGGGGAGACCGAGGCAGAGACAAUACUUAGAUAAAUGUCCCCAGCCUUCUCCCUGACACCUCCAAAGAUGGGGCCCAGGCAGGCCAUCCCCAAGCCCCCAGGCCAGAGCACCCAGCUGCUGGUGGUGCCUCUGCAGCAGGAGGAGGUGAGGGCACGGCGAGCAGCCCUUCCCGCUGCUUUAGCGGGGGAUGGAGAGGCAGAGCAGCGGCCGUGGAGAUUGAGUCUAGUGAUUGCUUUAAGGGAUUUGCUGUCUCUUUCUUUCUCCCUCUCUCUCUCUCUUUUUCUUUCUCUCUCUCUCCUUUUCCCCCCCUUUUCCCUCCCUCUUAUCCCUUUCGUGGUGCAUUUGUCUUCGAGGAACCUGGGGUGUUCUUUUCAUCAGUUCAAUCUCUCUCUGGCACUUGAGUCCUGAUUGGCUGAAGGACUUAGGGAAAAAAAAAAAUCUUUAAUUAAGUAGAUAAUCUCUUCUUAGGAAGUUCUGCGGCUCCAUUUCACCAACCCCCCUUUAGCUCUUACUUUAGGAUUGGUUACCCUUCACAGAAGUUGGGAUUCAGGGGGCAUGCGCCUCUUCAUCACACCAGGAGCGCCGGGUGGAAAAUAACUUCAUCCCUUCCCUAAUUUUUGUUGCAUUUCUUUUUUCUUUUUUUUUUCUUUCCUUUUUCUUUUUGUUUCCCUGGUGGUGGUACCCAUUUUUUUAUUUUUAUUUUUUAGGAUGUCCUUUCUCCCUCUUUAUUUGGAUUUUAUGUUUCACAUGGACCCUUAUCUGGGCAUCUUCCUCCUCACUCCCUUCUUCCAACCCUGCUGUGCCUGGUCAGUGAAUAAUUUCCUGAUGACGGGCCCCAAGGCCUAUCUCAUCUACUCCAGCAGCGUGGCAGCCGGGGCGCAGAGCGGCAUCGAGGAGUGCAAGUUCCAGUUCGCCUGGGACCGCUGGAACUGCCCUGAGAGGGCACUGCAGCUCUCCAGCCACGGCGGGCUGCGCAGCGCAAACCGAGAAACCGCCUUUGUCCAUGCCAUCAGCUCUGCAGGCGUCAUGUACACACUGACCCGGAACUGCAGCCUGGGGGAUUUCGACAACUGCGGCUGUGACGACUCCCGCAAUGGGCAGCUCGGUGGGCAAGGCUGGCUGUGGGGAGGCUGCAGCGAUAACGUGGGCUUCGGGGAAGCCAUCUCCAAGCAGUUUGUGGAUGCCCUGGAGACUGGACAAGAUGCCAGAGCUGCUAUGAACCUGCACAACAAUGAGGCAGGUAGAAAGGCUGUCAAAGGAACCAUGAAGCGGACUUGCAAAUGCCACGGCGUGUCGGGGAGCUGCACCACCCAGACCUGCUGGUUGCAGCUGCCCGAGUUUCGGGAGGUGGGCACUUACCUCAAGGAGAGGUACCACAAGGCCCUGAAGGUGGACUUGCUGCAGGGGGCAGGGAACAGCGCUGCCAGCCGGGGUGCCAUCGCCGAGACCUUCAGCUCCAUCUCCAAGAAGGAGCUGGUCCACUUGGAAGACUCUCCUGAUUACUGCCUGGAGAACAAGACGCUGGGGCUGCUCGGCACGGAGGGGAGGGAGUGCCUGAAGAGAGGCAAGGCGCUCAGCAAGUGGGAGAAGCGGAGCUGCCGGCGGCUGUGUGGGGACUGCGGGCUGGCGGUGGAGGAGAGGCGGGCUGAGAUGGUGUCCAGCUGUAACUGCAAGUUCCACUGGUGCUGUGCCGUGCGGUGCGAGCAGUGCCGCAAAAGGGUCACCAAGUACUUCUGCGUCCGCAAAGAGAAGCGGGAGCGGAGCGGGAGUGGUGGGGCCAGCCGCAAGCUCAAGAGAAAGCUCUAACUGUCCCCUGCUUCUCCACGGCCUUCUCUGUCCCUCUCCUUCCCUCCCCACCUCCCCAGCAACCCCUGGCACCAUUUCCUUUUGGGUUAGCUUUGUCUCAUUCCCAAGCAAGGCCUCUUCACCCAGCAUCACCUCACUGGGGCUUGGACAAGGCAGAAGAGCUCCCCUGGGCCUUGGCCAUACCGAGCAUUUCCUGCUAGUGCAGUGGCUGAUGACCUCUGGGACACUCAUGUUGACAAAACCAGGUGAGAUUUGGUCCCUUCAGCCCAGGAUUACUCUAUCCAGUGACUCUUUUUCUUGCUGAAAACGCAGCUGCUCUCCGUGGCUCCUGCUCCUUUCAGCUUUUCUGUUCCCCAGGCAAGUGCUGCUCACGCUGCUCUGGGCUUUUAAGCAAGCAAGAUCAACACUCAGGAAAACAUGAGGAAGCUAAGAUGGCACCACUAGAUGUGGGCCACUCAGAGUGGUAUACCCUAAAACAGAAGAGGCUUCUAGUACUGUUUAAAAAAAAAAAAAAAAAAAGAGGCCCUAAAAGAAAAUUGUUACUGCCUUUUAUUAAGCCCUGCACUGAGGAAAGAGAAAAGGUGUGCAACUCCUUCCUGUAGUGAGCCAGCCUCCAGGAAGCCCACAGUAUCGCCUCCCACCCUUUCACAGCUUUGCUAAACUCUCCAAUGCUUCGCUUUGCAAUUGAGACAGCAGCAGCAAGAUUCAAGCUGCUGCUUGACCUGCCCAUUAAACAUUUGUCCUAAGAAGGGGUCACGUCACUUGCUUUCUUACAUGCUUGCUCUGCAUCUUCAAUGCCUUCAGGUCUGGCCUCCCUUUUCACCCCAGCGCUUGACUGGUUGGUGCCAUAAUGAUGCCCUCACACUUCUCCAGUCCCUCUUCCAUCCCAAUCUCCCCCAGAGA